CAUUUUGGCUUUGGUAUAUGCUACUAAGGACAGAGCAGAUGACCCCAUCACUUGAAAAGUCGCUGUAACAAAUCCUUCUAAGAGUAUUACCUUAGUCUCGUGCCCAUGCUUAAAAAAUUACUUGAUGACCAUUUUCCCUACUGUCCAGAUACUCUGCUCUUUUUCUUUCCUGCAUUCAGAUUACAUGUCCUGUUGAGCCAGUUACUUAUAACUGGCGCCAUUGGGUAGCGGUCUCAACCAUAGCUGUCUCUUUCGAAUGAUUCCAGUGUCUCUAUGGACAUGUUGUCUUUUUGUCAAUAUACAAGCACAAUACGUGUAUUCAAUUGGCUGUCUAUCGUAGUGAUGCACAGCCAGUCGCUCAAGUUUCAUUCUCUGGGUUGAAGUUAUCUGUAUCCAUCGUAAUAGGCUUUAUUGCGGUUUGGUAAUCAACCUAAAAAAUUCGGAGGCAUGCAAUAGCUUCUUUCCUGUUUCUAUUAUUUACUUUUCUUUUCUCUAAAUAACGCAUACUGUUUCAUCUUUUCAUGACUAGAUAUGUACAUCCACGACUCUGCUUUGGAUGUGAUUGUAGGUUCCUUGUCUUGUUUGGUUGAUGUGUUACUGUGGAUAGCCCUUGUUUCUCCUUUGCUUAUCAGGAGCACAGAGUUUACAGAGACGACUAAUAUGAAAGGCUGGAUUUUAAGCUCUGUUAUACUUUCUUUUCAGGAAACAGACUGCAUAUUGUGGAAUUCGCAGGUGUUUCUUUGUCCAGUCCUACAGCACGGUUGUCAUACUUUUGAUGGAAAGAUAGUUCAUGGGCUGCUUUUGCUCAAAAGGUGUUAAGCAGACGCCUGGGUAUGAGGAGCCUACUGUUCUGGCUUCUGAGACACCUUUUACCGUAAGCGAAGUGGAGGCGUUGUACGAGCUCUUUAAGAAACUAAGCAGCUCAAUUAUUGAUGACGGGCUUAUUCACAAGGAAGAGUUCAAUCUUGCUCUUUUCAGGAACAGAAAUAAUAGGAAUCUCUUCGCUGACAGGAUUUUUGAUCUAUUUGAUGUGAAGCAAAAUGGUGUCAUUGAGUUUGGAGAAUUUGUCAGAUCUCUGGGUGUCUUUCACCCAAAUGCACCAAUAGAAGACAAAACUGCAUUUGCUUUCAGAUUGUACGACUUGAGGCACACUGGAUACAUAGAGCCAGAGGAGUUGAAGGAGAUGGUAGUGGCACUUCUACAUGAGUCAGAUCUGGUUCUUUCAGAGGAUGUUGUUGAAACAAUUGUGGAUAAGACGUUCAGAGAAGCAGAUGCCAAAGGUGAUGGGAAGAUCGACCAGGAAGAAUGGAAGGAGUUUGUUUCCAAGAACCCUUCGCUGAUCAGGAACAUGACGCUACCAUAUUUGAAGGACAUUACGCUGGCGUUCCCGAGUUUUGUGCUUAGUUCCGAGGUAGAAGAUUCAGAGGUGUAAGCUUCAGAUAAUAGCUGCAUACUGAAGUUAAUCCAUUAACCGCCAUGAAUGAGUGCAAGCAACAUCGACGACAUCUGUCAUCGGCACAAAGAGAGCAUCCAACACGGUGCGGACCAGCACGGUCACUGAAUCAUCCAUCAAUCAGCCAGUGCCGAUAUCUCAAACUCUUGCGGAUGAGGGUGAGCUCUCCAGAGAAGUUAUACAUGGGAUGUGAGGGUGCAAGUGAUUCAUGUCAUUUAAAUGCAGCUUUCUUGCUUUGUAAUUUUAAGGAGCUUAAUGGGGAAGUUGAAAAAAUAUCAAUAAUGUCGAAGUUAACUAUAUUCAUACA